AUGGGCCAAACCACCGAGCCCGUGCCUCAUUCUACCUAUAUACUCGAUGAAUCCUCAGAUGAUGAGAUCAAGUACGAGAACGCUCCCAAGACUGUGAUUUCAGACGAUGCACUCGAGGCCGGCAUGGAAGAGGACACUUCCGAUGAUGACACCGGGUCUGGUGGUGAUGAUGACGAGGCAUUGGAAUCAACUCCGUCGCGUGGGGCGGACACGUCACCUCGACAACUAUUCCAUCCACCCGAGGAGUCUGACUACGGAGAUGAGACUGACGAUGACGACGGGACGGUGUCUUCGUCAUCGUCCUCGGAGUCAUCGCCAGCUGCGGAUGAGGAGCCCAUGGUUGCGCUGCCAUCUGCCAAUAUCCAACACCAACAAGAUUAUCCUGAGCAUAUCUUGAAGACGGCCAAGUCCGGCCGUCCGUACCACGCUUGGUUCGAAUCUGGGAGCGAGGAUGUCGACGCGGACAACCUCGUGACUGGGGAUAUCGACGUUCCAGCUCGACCUGCGGCGCCGUCCAAAGUCAUCCAGUCAGUGUUGAAUUGGAAGAAAAAGAUUUACAAUGUGAAGGUCCUUUCGGACAGGGCGCGUGGAUCCGUCAAGGCUCCCAAACCAGACCAGCAGCAGAACGUGUCUCGGACAACGGGAGAUAAUUCGUUGGAAGAAGCCUCUCAGCUCAACGCGAGGGUCUACCAGCCGUCUGAGAUCCAUAGUCUUGAGAUGGCAAGCAAGGAUCGCGCAUACAAGGUGAUCAGGGGCAAGGACGGAGAAUCCAUAUCUAUGUGCGGAGCCCUGAUUCCAGAGGGCUAUGACCUGGAUCGAGCGCUCAUCUUAAAGGUCAAGCACCGGGGGGAGUUGUUGAAUGACAACCAAGAUGGUGAAAAGACAUUCCCCGGGUCCCCUCCACCCGUCGGUGAAUGGGCUGCGUCUGCUGCCGGUGCAAACAGCAGUGGCCAAAGCAAGAAACGCCAACUGUCCGUCUCUGAUAUCAACGAAGAGUCUCGGGCACAACGUCGACGGUACGAGCGCAACGAAGGCGCCGACAACGAAGAACAGGCUGGAGUUGAGAAGAAACUUGUCACAUUUCCUUUGCCUUUACCGAAAAGAACGACUCGUGCAUCGGACUCCCCAACAAGGAGAAAUACAUCGCCCGAACCACAAAUGGCGCACAGCAAAUCCUUCCCCUCAAUGUCUUCUUCGGCACUGGUCAUGGCGGGGCAGCAAACCUCAGACGAGCUCCUCGAGAUGGAAGAUUGGGAGGUGGCACCUGGGCGCAUUCGUGAUGAAGGCGUUGACCAGCUCGACAAUAUCGCUUUUUCAAAGUCAUACCUCGAAAACAAUCAGAGUAUUCCGAUAGCUGCCGAUGUCUCAUUCCGCGUCGACACGAUCAAGUCCGGACACAAGCUCGAGUUCGAGGUCGCAACGUCCAGAUCCCGCUACUGCUCCGUCGCCAGCGGCAAGCUUCGUGUCUCAAUCGCAGGCCAGGCUGAGUUUGUUAUCGGGCCCCAUGGAGUUUUCAAGAUCAAGCCUGGUGUGAAGGCGUGGGCACAAAAUCGUCUCUACAUCGACUCGGUGGUGCACGUGGUUUCAGUCGAGGACGGUGCGUGA